GCAAGCUAGCUGCAAGAGCUUCCUUUUCAUAAUCUCAUAAACAACAUGGCAGGCCUCAAACUUAAAAAAAGAGCUCGCUCCCGAUCUCCUGAACGCGACACCGAUAAAACUUACCGCAAACGAUCGCGAUCGCCCAGAAGAGAUAGAAAGAGAUCACCUAUUCGAGAACGUGAGCGCGAGCGUGAGCGCGAACCGGAACGAAGAAGGCCUUCGCCUCCAAGAGCUGCUGCAGAUGAUGAUUUAGACAUAGCUGGAAAGUUUGGUUCUUCUUCUACUGCUAAGGUGCAAAAGAAAGAUGAAGAGAAAUCAAAAGAUAUUGAGCAGCCAGAGGAGGAAGAUACACUCGAUAUAGCCAGCAAAUUCGGCGCAUCUGCGUUUUCGAAAUACAAAGCUUCUUCUGCCUCUUCCUCCAAAUCCAAAAAUCAGACUACAGAUUCUAUGUCUGCUCCUGUUAGAACUCCUGCAGCUUCGAUAUCUACACCCGUCACUGCUUCGGCGGCGCCAUCAAAUGAACCCAUGAUUAUUGUUCAUGUUAAUGAUCGGUUAGGAACGAAAGCUGCCAUUCCGUGCUUGGCAAGUGAUCCAAUUAAACUUUUUAAAGCGCAGGUAGCGGCGAGGAUUGGCAGACAACCGCAUGAAAUUAUGUUGAAGAGACAGGGAGAGCGGCCGUUCAAGGACAAACUGACGCUGGAGGAUUAUGGGGUGGGUAAUGGGGUGCAAAUUGACCUAGAAAUUGAUACUGGGGAGUGAGCGGGACAUGGGGGGGGGAUGAUUUGCGGCCAAUUUGAUAGAUUUUGAGUAUGCAGAGCUGGUCUAUAGGUCUGACUCUGCUGAUGGGGAAUCAUCGUUUGUAUCAAAGUACCUACCAGGUAGGUAGACUUUAGAUCUGGCAAAUUCGGAGAAGCUCACGGGGACCGGAAUGGCUUGCAGAUCCGCCACGUAUGCAUUCGUAAAAAAAAACAGACAAUGAGAAGGGUAAAUUAGCAUUGAUAUAUGUUACUCUCUGCCACUAAUGAAAAUUUAAGUCAUACCA